AUAUUAAAAAUAUUGCGGCAGAGUAUGAUAGGUAUACUAUGCACGUACGGAUGUGUAUGCAUUUUAUGGUACACAGUACUUGAUGAAGGUUCAUGAAAUAAUAGUUUGCCCUCAUUAGACUUCCGACUGUCUCUCGCGUAGCACGAAGAGAUUUCCGCCAUCCCCCGCUUCUUACCUCGCCAGUGGUUUCGCUACACCCGAUACGACUCUUUUACUGAGUGUUGUCCGCGUCGCACGGAAAAGCUGUCUUUCAUGUCGCACGCCAAGACUUUUGUUAUCGCCCGGUUUUUCCCACGCGAUUGGCUAUUUUUCGCCCGGCAAGUCGGACCACGACGGACCUUGUGUUCAUAGACAAGUUUAUGCUUGGGUUCUCGACGCUGAUCGCGAACGAUUCAUUUUAACGCCUCGUCCUUUGUCGUCGUCACGCAUUUCAACAAACUAAUACUUGCAUUAAGAAAGUCUACAAUGUCUGAUAUUAAUUCUAUUCCAUCACCUAUUUUAUGUAAACUGUCAAAUACCACUUGCAAAACAUUUACACCAUGUCGCACUAUAGGGCUCAAGAGGAAGUCAAGUAGUACACCAUCUUAUAAAAAUGAAUUGAAGAAAACAAAGUUAUUAAAUGAAACAAGGAAAUGUAUACAAUUUGAUGAAGAUGUGAAGUCAAUUAAAACUAAAACAAAAGAUAAAUCAAAUUCAAUAACUAGUUAUAAAAGAGAUAUGAAACAUAUAAGUGUAUUAGAAAAACAACGUAAAAUUGAAAACUUGAAGUCUGAAAUCAAAAAUAGUGAACAGCACAAUUUAGAUGAAAUACACAAACUAUCAAAAAAAUGGUUAAUGGUUUGUCAAGAAGCUAUUAUGUCAUUGUUUAACCAAUUAAAUGGGAAUCCUAAUCAUAUAACUAUAAAAGAUUUAAUAACGAGUUUAAACAUUGAUCCAGAUUUAAUACAUUUUGAUUCUGAUAAUCAAGAAUUUUACCAAUAAAAAGUUAUGAUCAAACAAAUUAAUCCAAAAA